AUGGCUACUCAAAAGGCAGUUCCAGAACAGUGUCUUUCCUGUUAUGAAAAGGCAAAUGUGCAGUUAAACAAGCUGCAAGAUCUUCAUCCAUUGCCUAAGAUAAUUUUAGAAUACCGACAGGUUCACAAGAUAAAGUCAACCUAUGUGGAUGGACUACUGUCAUGUAUGAAAAAGGGAUUUAUUUCAUCUACAUGGAAUCAGACAGGAACUGUGACUGGCAGACUUUCAGCCAAGCAUCCUAAUAUCCAAGGUAUCUCCAAGCAUCCAGUUCAAAUUAUUAAGAAGCAAUAUGUAAAAGGAAAAGAAAAUGAAAUAGUAACUAUUUCCCCAAGAACAUUGUUUGUUUCAGCUAAAGGAUAUACGUUCUUAGCAGCAGAUUUCUCCCAUAUUGAACUAAGAAUCCUUGCACACCUAUCCUGUGACCCAGAACUUCUGAAACUAUUCCAAGAACCUGAAACCACUGAUGUGUUUACUACACUGGCUUCUCAAUGGAGGGGUAUUCCAAGUGAACAAGUGAAGCAUGCAGAUAGAGAACAGGCAAAGCGCGUUGUCUACUCAGUAGUUUAUGGAGCAGGUAAAGAACGUCUUGCUGGAUGUUUGGGAAUUACGCCUCUUCAAGCUGGUCAAUUUAUAGAGAGUUUUCUGGUGAAAUACAAGAAAAUUCAUGACUUUACAAAGAAAACCAUUGAGCAAUGCCACAAUGAAGGAUAUGUGGUUUCCAUCAUGGGACGUAAAAGACACUUGCCUAAUAUCAAUGCUCGAGACUACAGACUACGUACUCAAGCAGAGAGGCAGGCUGUCAACUUUGUUGUCCAAGGAUCUGCAGCUGACCUUUGUAAAAUGGCUAUGGUCGAGAUUUUUACCUCUGUUGCCAUUUCUCCAACUUUAACAGCCAGGUUUGUUGCCCAAAUUCAUGAUGAAUUGUUGUUUGAAGUGGAAGAUUCUCAAAUUCAGGAGUUUUCAGCACUUGUAAAAAGAACAAUGGAAUCCCUGCAGCAAAUCAAAGCUUUAGAAAUGCCCCUAAAGACGGAGAACUGUGGCUGGUGCCACAUGCUUCAGCGGAAAAUGAACAGAGCAAUUAAUGAGUGA